AUGAAAGUUUUUUAUUCUGAAAUUUGCUUAAAGCAUACACCAAAAUAUGAAAUAACGUAUGGCCAUUCAAUAGUUCAUCCUGAUUAUGGACUUGAUCCAAUUCUAAGUGUUCAUGAUAAAGAUUAUGUGGAUUUUCUUCAAAAUUCUUAUUAUGAAUGGUGUGAAGAAGGUGGUAAUAAAGAUGGAGUGGUACCUGAUACCUUUGCGCAUUUUGGAAUGAAAACUUCAUUUAAUAAGAAGAAAAUUACUUCUACAUUGGCUAAAGCUGGAUUGUAUUGUUUUGAUACUACUUGUAAUAUAACCGAAGAUACUUGGAAAGCUACCUAUGAAUCAGCUCAAGUCUGUAUUAGUGGUGCUAUUGAACUUAAAAAAUUGGCAUAUGAAUCAGAUCAGUCAUCAAUUGGUAUAUUUUGUUUAUGUAGACCACCUGGACAUCAUGCAAAUCAGAAUUUAUGUGGUGGAUAUUGUUUUCUUAAUAAUGUUGCAAUUGUUACCAACAUUUUAAUUGAUAAAGAAAAAAAUUUGAAAAAAGUUGUAAUUUUAGAUAUUGAUUAUCAUCAUGGUAAUGGAACUCAAGAUAUUUUUUAUUCAGAUUCAAAUCCCUUAUAUGUUUCAUUUCAUGCAGAAAAUGAUUAUCCAUGGUAUACAGGUGAUGAGUCAGAGAUUGGAAUUGGUGAAGGUGAAAAUUACAAUAUCAACAUUCCUCUAUCAAAAAAUACUGAUGAUCAACAGUAUUUAGAACAAUUAAAAAAUAUUAUAAAAAAUAAAAUUAUUCCUUACAAUGCAAAUUAUCUUGCUGUUUCGUUAGGAGUUGACACAUACAAAGAUGAUCCAAUUGGAGGGUUAAACCUUACUUCUGAAUGUUAUCUUGAAAUUGGCAAACUUAUUAAAUCAAUAAAUUUGCCAACUUUAUUUGUAUUGGAAGGUGGAUAUCAUCUAGAAACCAUAGGAAUUAAUGGUUCAGCUAAACACCAAAAUGACUUUGUUCCUAUAAGAUUAUUUUCUGAUUAUUUAUUUGGUAAAUUUAAUGAUAAACCACAAUUGCCAAAUACAAUAUGA